GAGAAAUGUCAAAUUGAACAGCUGAGMCAGUUUGUUGAGGCGCUAUACAAAACUUUUAUAAUUGUAAAUUGUUCACAUUAUUUAUUAAAUAAAGUGGUAAUGGCACAUAAUCCCUUAGACAAAAUACACGCAUUAGAUGAAAUAGAACAAGAAAUUAUAACGUGUCUACAAAGUGCAGGUCAGGCGUUGCAGGAACUUAGCAAGGAAAAAUCUUCGCAGAAAAGUGCUGAAACCCAAACGCAACAAUUUAUCAAAUCUUUAUCCAAUGUAGAAUCAAAAUUAAGCGAGCAAAUUAAUUAUUUGACACAGGUCUCCACGGGACAACCGCACGAAGGUUCUGGAUAUGCCUCUGCAAAAGUUUUACAAAUGGCUUGGCAUAGAAUACAACAUGCGCGCUCUAGAGUGCGUGAGCUAGAAGAAUCUAAAGCGAAAUAUACCCAUGCUGCUCGACAACAACAGCAACAGCGGCAACAACAACAUGCACAACAGUUAGCGCAGCAACAGCAACAAAUGGCUCAGCAACAGCUUCAACAAACUCACGACAAUUCUAUUAAUCCAGGAAUGUCUAAUGCUGGAGCAACACAAAUGGGGCAACAAGCUCMAAAUUAAGGCCGCUUAAUAAAUAAUUACAUUACUUUGAGUUAAGCACUUACUAUAAGAAUUUAUUAAAAAUAAAACUUAGUUGCAUUAUUUUGUACAAUUUCAUUAAUAA